CCGUCUCGCCAGUGCCAUAGCAACCAGAGCAGGCAUCAACUCAACAUGGAGAAGGCUCCUUUGAUGACAAUGAAGAUGAGUCUCUGAUGUCAUCUAAGCAGCCUUCUUUAUUAAGAAGAGCUGGAUCCAAAGACACACCCACAACUCCAGCUUGAUCCCGUGGAACAAGUCUAGGUCCUUAUCAUCAGAGAUUACAGAAUCAAGAGCAGGAAUUGUCUCCUAAUUUUCUCAUCCUGUUCUUCAUACAGCAUCUUUAUUGCCAUGGCAGCCGCCAAAGCAACGACUGUGAAAGAAGCAUUGGCCAAAUGGGAGGAAACUUCAGGGGAGAAAGCAUGCGAUGCCAUAGCAGUAAAGCUGUAUUAUCAGGUUCCUUCUAUAGAGAAGAUGGAUGCUUCUCUCUCCACACUCAUCAACUGCGAACAACUGUCUCUGUCCACAAACUGCAUAGAGAAAAUAACCAACCUCAAUGGCCUGAAGAAACUGAAAAUAUUGUCAUUAGGAAGAAAUAACAUAAAGGCACUAAAUGGGCUGGAGGCAGUGGGAGACACAUUGGAAGAGUUGUGGAUCUCCUAUAACUUGAUAGAGAAACUGAAGGGAGUCCAGUGCAUGAAGAAACUGAAAAUCCUCUACAUAUCCAACAAUCUGGUGAAGGAAUGGGGUGAGUUUUCGAGGCUAGCUGAACUACCGUGCCUCGUGGACAUGGUGUUUAUUGGAAAUCCCCUGGAGGAGAAGUAUUCAACCGAGGGAACUUGGAUGGAGGAAGCGUCUAAAAGGCUUCCCAACCUGAAGAAACUAGAUGGAAACCCAGUCAUCAAACAGGAAGAGGAUGAAGGAGAGGAAGAAAGCUGAGAAGAAUGACUAUCUCCAAAGUUACAACCUACUAAGAGUCUUCCCUUUGGAAUCUUUGUUUUUUGUUAUGCUUUGUUAUUGGUGUUGUUUAUAUAAAAUAUGAUUCUAUUCUCAAAUCUGUUGAAGAUCAACAAGCACAAAAACAACCAACAAAUACACAGAAUGUUUAUCGUUGAAAAUAACUAUUAAACUAACAAUACUUCAGGCCUUGGUAGCAGAAAGGGUUUUUUAAGGCAUGAAAAGCACAUUUCUUAAUGCUAUUUACAACAUUAGCGUUAUGAUUUUGUUUUUUACUACUCCUUCAAAGUAUGAAGAAUUUCAUAGCUAAUACUAAUAUUUCAUACUGCCCAUGAUUUUAAAUUCCUCAACCCUCAUAGACUGAAGUAAAGCAAAGUAUAGCACACCGAUUUGUGAGAAGAGACAUUUGUGUGGACCAUAUCAUGAAAGGCUAUUUUUUAAAUGCGAGUUACUAUUAAUAUUAUUAUAAAUGUGAUUGUAUUCUGCUCUAAAAGGAGCAUGCAUUGUUAUAACAAAUUAUGUUUAUUAUUUUGAAGUGUUUUAAAUUUAUUUUCAUGUUUUAAAUUAUUAUAUUAGACAUGUUUCUACUUAC